AGGGGGGUUUAUGAGAGUUGUUGUAAGAGAGUCCUGCAAUGUGGGCAAAAUAGGGUGGCGCACAAAGGAAGAACCAAACAAGACUACACAUCCAUACUUACCUUUACUCGUUUCUCGCUCCAUCCAUAAUCACGUCUAUCAAGGAAUUUUCCCUUUUCUCUUUAAACUUCCCCUGUUUAAACAACAGAGAGAGAAGUGUGUUUGUGUCUAGGGACAUCACCUUUGAUUAUUUUCUUAUCUCAUCCAUUCAAUUCUGUAGAAACAAGCCGGACCCAUGCUUUUCGAGGAGAGAAUAUUUCAGUACAUUGUAAAAGGUGAUUUGUUGUGGUGGGGUUUCAUGGGGUGAACUCAAAGGUAUAAUGGGUAGCAUUAGUGAUGAUGAAGAAUGUGUAUUUUUUGAUGCCUCUGAGAAUAUUGGCCAAGUACCUGAUUUGGGUUCUAUUGAACCCCAGGUGCUCAAGUCCAGCUCCAGGAUUGAUAAUUGUGUCACUAGUAGCUACCAGUAUGAUGUGUGGAGUAGAAGUCCCAGCAGUGUUAGAGAGCGUCGUAGGGAAUUCUUUAGUUGGAUGGGAGAAGAUCCAGUAGAUGUAUAUGGAAGUUCUGAUUCUAGUUGUGAAAUUGAAAGGAUUAUGGAGAGUAGUGAGGCUGUGGUGCGAACCUCAAUUCUUGAAGACGAAUUUCCUUCUCGCCAAGUUCCUCUACCUGGUUUGUCUGUUGGUGUUUUGGGUUCAUAUAAAGAGUUGGAUUCAAAUGAGACAUUUGUGUGUCGGAGUGGCAAUCCAGAUGGUGGAAGAGAGUGCAAUGUACAUGACCAGGCUGAGAAUAAUCACAGAACUACGAAAUUGGAACGACAGCAACUUGGACAACAAGAAUUUGAGGCCAAUGGAGAUGCUGGGAGGAAACUGAAUGUGGUCAAGAGGCGUUUAAUAAGUAGAUUGCGAUCAUUGACGUGCAUUGUAAAUGACCAAGGGAGAAGUAACAAUUCAAAGGUUGACAGCUCCAGUGCUGUCCAAAGGUCUAGGGUUCAGAGGGCUAAGGUUCACCAUAGAAAGAAGCGAUUAAAUGAACUCUCUGGACUUUUUGUGGGGCAAGAUAUCCAGGCUCAUGAAGGUUCAAUAUUAACUAUGAAAUUCAGCCUUGAUGGGCAAUACCUAGCCAGUGCUGGUGAAGAUAAGAUUGUGCGUGUAUGGCAAGUGGUGGAAGACGAGAGAUCUGAUGAAGUAGAUAUUCCAGACUUAGAUCCAUCUUGCAUGUACUUCACAGUGAACCAUCUUUCACAACUUGCUCCUUUGGUGACAGAGAAAGAGAGAAUCAAUAAAUUGAGGGGUCUAAAGAAAACAACAGGGUCUUCCUGUGUCAUUUUCCCGCCUAAGGUCUUUCGAAUUUUGGAAGAACCGCUGCAUGUGUUCCGAGGACAUAGUGGUGAUAUAUUGGAUGUUUCGUGGUCAGAGAACAAUUAUUUGCUUUCAUCAUCAACGGACAAAACUGUUCGUCUGUGGCAAGUUGGAUAUGAUAAAUGCCUCAAAGUUUUUUCGCACAGUAAUUAUGUGACUUGCAUACAAUUCAACCCAGUAAAUGAUGAUUACUUCAUCAGUGGUUCAAUAGACGGAAAAGUUCGCAUUUGGGCGAUUAACAGCGGCCAAGUUGUGACUUGGACGGACAUAAAAGACAUUGUGACUGCUAUUUCCUAUCGUCCUGAUGGGAAGGGUGGGAUUAUUGGUUCUAUAGCAGGCGCAUGUUGCUUCUUUAGUUUAAUAGAUCAUGAGAUUCAACUGGAGGAGCAGAUUUGUUUGGUCAGUAAGAAGAAGUCACUUUGCAAAAGAAUUACUGGCUUUCAGUUUCUACCACAAGACCCAAGUAAAGUGAUUGUUACUUGUGCGGACUCCCUAGUAAGAAUCCUUAGUGGGAUCAAUGUGAUUGGCAAAUACAGAGGCCUAAGAAAUGCAGGAAGCCAUCUCUCUGCUGCUUUCUCCUCAGAUGGGAAGCAUAUCAUCUCUGCAUCUGAAGAUUCUAAUGUCUAUCUGUGGAACUGUCACAUUCCAGAAGAGACUUCUGUGUCUCAACCUGAAGCGGUGAGAUCAUUUGAGUUCUUCUAUAGUGAUGCAUCCAUUGCAAUACCUUGGUCUGGCCUGAAAAAUGUCAACCACGAGAAUCAGUGUCACUCACAAGUGCUGAGUCAAAGCUUAAACAAUUUUCCUUUGGGGGUUUCUCCUUGUUUCUCUUUAGGACAAGGGUUGUUUUUAGAGGCAAUUCCGAAGGGAUCUGCCACCUGGCCUGAAGAGAAGCUUCCACUGUCAAGUCCUCGGUCUGUGCCUUCUGCAAUGUGUAAAUCUCAAUACAAGUUUCUCAAAAGUUCUUGCCAGAGUUCAUCCAGUUCUCAUGCCUGGGGUUUAGUUAUUGUUACUGCAGGCUAUGAUGGGCGAAUAAGAAACCCUUUGUCAUGGAACUACUCGACAGAGUUCAGUGCUGCAACGAGAGCUCCAUAUGAGAAAGGAUGUUUGACCGGCCCCUUUAGUCAGUCCAUUGAAGAUAGGAGUAACCACAGGUUGAUUGUGAGGAAGGUGGGGGCCGCUUCCUGCUGAAUUGGAGUGUCGUAGCAGCUGUACGUGCACGAGAUCUCAGUGCUGAUGUCAUAACUAAUAUGGUAAGAAUGCUUCGGGGCUGGUGCUCUGCUCUACCUCUGGUUGGAACAGCGCCUUUUCUGGUAAAAGAGGGAGGUUCAUUACAGAGAUGGUGCUGGUAACAUGGGUUUUUUGGGGGGCACGGUUCUAAACUCGGUGGAUAAUGUGUCCAAUCCUCUACCCUUCUCCACUUGAAUACUUAACUUUUGUAACAUGUGCUUAAUCCAACACGUCACAUGUUAUGCUCUUACCACUAGAUCAAAGUUUGGGGGCAAGGCUGCUGGUAACAUAGUUACACUAACAUAGAUGGCAUUUUCAAAUUUACAGCUCCAAAAUUGUAUUUAGUAGCAUCACAAUGUUGGUUCAACACGUGAGAAACAACAAAUGUGAUUUCAUUGAUUAGUUCUUCUGUAUAAAAAUCAGUAGUUAUUAGUGUAUGUAUAUGUAUAGAACUGACUGCUCUUCCUUCAAAAUUGUUAAUAGCAGCUGACCCCCUUGCUUUGAGAUUCAA